AUGAAGCACGGGAAAUAUAAGAUCCCCGCAGUUAUUUGUGCGUUCAAGGUCGUUGUGGGGGUAGGAGGUAAUUUGAAUCCUGGGCUGAUUUUAAUCUGUGAAAUGGAGCCUUCAUACAGGAAGAAUUGUGUAGUUAUCGAUGACGACUUUCCUGGGUAUUCCGAGAAAUGUUUUAACUUGGCUAGCAAGUAUGAACAAUACAUAGAGAGCAUAAUAGUACCCAACGGUAUGAUCAAGGACAGGCUCGAAAGAAUGUCAAUCGAUAUUUUGGAAACUUUUGAGUUGCUUAAUGCAACUGCUAUAAAUCUCUUGUGCGUUCUUAAAGGCGGGUUCAAGUUUGCAUCCGAUCUAAGUGAAAAAAUACAUAACACCGCAGUUACACGAAGUAAAAAUAUACCCAUUUUCAUGGACUUCAUCGUUUCCAACACAUACGAAAAUGAUGUCGUAGGUCACGAACCUCAAUUUCAUACUUACACUAACUUGACAUCAUUUAAAGACAAGGAUGUUCUCAUAGUUGAAGAUUUGCUUGACUCAGGCACUACUCUCAGCAGUCUGGUUCCUUAUAUUAAAUCUUUUGAACCUCGUUCCGUUCUUGUUGCUUGUUUGUUGGUAAAAAGAAGACAAGAUUUUUCCGAGUUCCAACCUGAUUUUGUUGGUUUUGAAGUUCCAAAUCGGUUCAUUGUUGGAUAUGCUAUCGACUACAAUGAUUUUUUUCGGGAUAUACCAAUCAGAUAUAGAUUCCCAAUAGCAAAUGAAACGCAUUAUGAGAAAGAAUUAAAGAUAGUUCAGUGAAGAAAAUCGUUUCAACAAAAUCAUUUACUGACGUUGUAUUUAUUCAGUGACUUAACAAAUAUACUAUUUUCAUAAGAAAAAAACAGAAAAAGGGUUAUGUCAUUAGCUGUUUGGAGAUUUCAAGUAGUACGAGAAGGUUGUGUAAUGAAUGAUUUAGAGAUUAACUAGAAGUAACCGUACGAAAGUAAUUAACCGAUUAGAAAUACGGAAGUCCAGUUGAUAGAGAUGGAUAGUGUGAAGGUGGUAAUAACAGCUAAAUAAUAAUUCUGAAAAAUUAGUAAAGGGCUUUUGAAACUUGGUCAAUUUUUUCGUGGAUCACUCUAAGUGGAUAUGUGAAUUUGUCGAACAAAUAGAAUACCAAGUAACUUUUGCUUGUACGCUACUAAGUAGUAGCGUAGUAGUAGUAGUAUUGUUAUCCUAUGAAUAUAAUUUGACAGUUGUCAUUAUUCUAUCCAACGGCUAUUAUCGAUGGUUUGACAAUCCUGUCGUGUGUAGUUAGUAAUUGCAUUAAAUGUUGAUGCUAAAACUUAAUGAUAUAACUCUUUUUUCCUUAGUGUAAGCUCGUUUCCAAUUCAAAUCAGUAAUGCCACAGUGUAAUAUACUACUCGUUUAAGUAGUGUAUAUAUCAUUAAAGGAUCGUGGAUACCUACACAUUUGGAUUACCAUGCUAGGACGAAAUGACCUUCCUGUGCUUCCAGAUUUUCAAUGGUAGUCUAACAUUAAUCGGUUCAUGAUUUCAAUAGCAUACGUACUUUUUGAUGGAGUUUUGUUCUCUCAGCUGGAUGGUUUGGCCGUGGAGCUUUCAUCGUUCUUCUGAACGACAUCAUCAGCACAAACUUCAGAUAGAAGUGAAGUGUUUGAAUUUCUCCAUAUGCGUUUCACAGCUUGUUCUGUGCACCUUGGCGUUGAUUGGCUCUUAUUGACCUUAAAUUUGUCACUGUUUACUUCUUUGUUUUGGUUGUGUUUCCCAUUGGUUUGAUUUUCGUUCCUAUGUUUGUGCAUAAUUUUCCUGAUUGGUUGAUAAAUUGUAUCGAUAUCAAUGUGCUUGUUGGUUGCUGAUUGAUCUGAGUGCCAGGCUUCUAAAAAUUCCCUGGUGUUCUUGGAAUUUCCUCUGUCCAACAUUUCCACAUUUUUCCAAUCGAAUGAGUGUCCGCAGUUGUCCACGUGUAUUGAUAUAAGUGAGGAAGUAUCAUGGCGUUUGACUGCUAACUGAUGUUCAUGUAGGCGAAGGUGGAGGGGGGUCCGCUUUGUCCGAUGUAGUGUUUCUCGCAGUUGGCACAAUUUAUUUUGUAGAUGAUGCUUGAUUUGUCUUCCUUUGUUAUUUCAUCCUUUGGUUUGCAUAGGAUUGAUUGUGGUAAUUUUGUCGGUUUGUGUGCCACACCUAUCCUGAAGGUUUUUAGCAGUCUCGUUGCGGUUUCUGAUAUGCCUUUUAUGUAUGGUAGGGCGAUCCUUUUGUUGAUUUCUGUGCGUGACUUAGGUCCUGAUGCUGCGUGCUGUUGGUAUUUUUUGAUAAAGUUGAUUGGGUAGCCGUUCUUUUGAAAUACGUCCUUCAGGUAUUUCUCUUCAUUUUUUCGUGCUGCCAGUGUGUCAUGGCCCUUUUGAACAAAGUGUGUACGCAGUUGAUUUUGUGAGCUCUUGGGUUGUUGCUAUUGUAGUCGAAAAUUUGAUCUGUAUGGGUCGGUUUCCUAUAAACUUGAGUUUCCAGUUUUCCUGUGUCGGUUCUAGUGAUUAAUAUAUCCAAGAAUGAUAGUUUGUUGUUUGACUCCUGUUCCAUUGUGAACUUGAUGUCAUCGAAGACGUUAUUGAUCAGCUUGUCAGUGUUUUCCAGCUCAUUAUAUUUUUGAUGAUGACGAAUGUGUCGCCUACAUAGCGAAUCCAAAUUUUUUGCUUGAUCACUGGUAAUAUUGCGGCUUCUAGUCUUUGCAUCACUGCUUCUGCGAUCAGUCCUGAUAUUGGUGAUCCCAUUGGUGUCCCUUUCGUUUGUUCGUAGAUUUUGUUGUUGAAUUGAAAAUAUGUUGUUAGGCAUAAAUCGAUGAGUUCUAAUAGACUUUGAAUUUGAAGCUUCGUGUACUUAUUGAGAUUUGUGUCGUUGGUGAGAAGCAGGGAUAUAGUUUCUUUUGCUAACCUUGGUUCAAUUGAGGUGAAUAAUGCUGUUACAUGGGAGGAUAUCAUCAGUUCGUCGUUGUUGAUUUGAAUGUCCUUAAUUUGGUCCAGGAAUUGUGUGGGGGAUUUGAUGGAGUGGUUGGAUGAAUCGACUAAAUGUUUCAGUAUUCGUGAAAUUUCUUUUGACAAAUUGUAUGUCGGUGUUUCGAGGAGUGCUGCAAUUGGACGUAGUGGAAUGUUUGGUUUGUGUAUUUUUGGUCUGCCGUAGAAUCGAGGGAGUACUGGUCCAUUGGACUUCAUUCUCCAUUGGGCUUGUUUUGUUAUUUCUCCUGCUUUGACUAGGUUGUUUAAGGUCUUUGAGAUUCGGUUGUCUAACUUUUUGACGGGAUUUAUAUCCAUCAGUUUGUAUGUGCUCUUAUCUUCAAGUAGUUCCUCGGCCAUUUUGACAUAUUCUUCUUUGUCCAUAAUUACUGUGGUGCGUCCUUUACCCGCUGGAACUAUAACAAUAUCCUUUCUAGUUCUGAGUUCCGUCAACAUAUCCAUGAUCAAUUAAUUGUAAUUUCUGAACAGUGGAAGAUAAACCAUUAGUUAACGCGUUAAAUGAAAGCUUAUAAUUAGAAGAAUAUAAAAAUACUAUAAACCAAAUGUUUAAUAAAUACAAUUAAAGUAUAUAACCAUUCACCUCCCGACCGUAGCUGCUACCUUGGCGUGGUGGUCGGGCUUGUCUAUCGUGAUGACCCAACCGAACGAUAUUGGCUGGAACAUAUGUUUCUGUAGGUUCUACCAUGCCAGGCAGGUCGAUUUGAGAACGGCAAGACUAAAAGCAGCAACUCAAGGUCUGAGGGAGAAGUCAUACUGCUGACUGUAGAGGGGUGUGGCAGCAGCGACGCUGCCUUCUCACAAGGAAGGGAGGGGUUAGAAAAGGUCGACCCUGAAAAUGUCACACCUAACCUUGCCUCACGGAUUUCCGUCUCCGGAGGUAAGGCACUUUGAAGGACGGAGCUAACACGUCAAAAACCUUUCACAAAACGGCCGUGCGCGACCGGCAUCAAGCAGUUGUCCCUUGGGCUCUGCGGUCACGCUCCCAGGUCGUUAAGACCAACACUAAUCCAACUUCCUUUUCAGAUCCUACAAGAAAUGUCAUUCCACGGUGUGGGCAGCCGGGAAGUGAUAUCAGCCCUCAUACCCAUAAUAGCACACGAGAAUAAGUUGGUCAUAAUCAAAUCCUUCCUACACCUCCUAAUAAUUCACUGAUUAGUUCUCCGAAUUACACCUCUUCCACUUAUUUUUCAAUAUAUAAUAGUCAUAUAUACCUUUAUAGAUCUUUCUUGUAACAAUAAAUUCAAGUAGAUAUUCUAUUUGAUAGAUAACAUGAAACAUCUUAGUGAUAUUGUAACCGCGUCUCAUUCCUAAAAUUAUACUUCAAUCAAUGCAAUAUGUUUUACACUAAUCAUCAAAUAGUUUACACCUUACCCAUCAAUCUAUCCUGCUAUUUUCUUCAUACACAAAAAAAGAACAAAACAAAACACACUACUUAAUUGAUUAAUAUUUUAU